AUGACAAAACACAUCAGGACUCACACUGGUGAGAGACCAUUCCGGUGCCAGCAGUGCGACUACUCGGCAGCACAGAAGGCUACACUGAAACAGCAUGUUCAGGCAGUACACACCGGUGAGAGACCUUACCGAUGUGGCUACUGUGACUAUUCCGCAGUCCAAAAGGGAGCUUUGCAAAUCCACAUGUUGAAACACACACAACCUAAAACUAAGGUUAAGAAGGAGCCAAAGAAACACAGCUGUCCCCACUGUGAGUAUGAAACAGUAAGAAAAGAGGCGAUGACAAAACACAUCAGGACCCACACUGGAGAGAAACCCUUCAAGUGCCAACAGUGCACCUACUCCGCCGCGCAGUCGGGUUCCCUGAAACAGCACAUCCUGUCUGUGCACAAUGGUGAGAGACCUUACCACUGUGGCUACUGUGACUUUUCCGCUGCAAGGAAAGAUGGUCUUUAUGUGCAUAUCCGGACAGUACACGGCGGGGAGAGGGCCUAUCAGUGCCAGUUUUGUGAGUAUUCAGCACAACAGUCUGGACACCUGACAGAGCACGUCAUGGCUAAACACAGCAACAUCAGGCCUCACAAGUGCACACUGUGCGACUUUUCUUCAGUAACCAAAAAAUCGUUAAAGCGGCACAUCAUGACCAAUCACACUGGUGAAAAACCUUACAGCUGUGAGUUGUGUAGCUAUGCAGCCAGUGAAAAGAGUCUGUUAAAGCUGCACAUGGCAAAACACACAGGAGAGAAGCCAUAUAAAUGUAAGAUGUGUGAUUAUUCUAGUGCAAAAAAGGGAUGUUUAAAUUCCCACAUGGUUAUACACACUAGUGAGAAGCCGUACAACUGUGAACUGUGUGGUUAUUCUGCAGCGAAAAUGUCUUAUUUGAAAAAGCACAUGGCCAACCACACAGGAGACAAACCCUUCUGCUGUGAACUCUGUGACUAUUCCACAGUGCGGAAACAAAAUCUGAGGCGACACAUAACUAAACACACUGGCGACAAACCGCACAAAUGUGAACUCUGUGACUAUUCUACAGCAGUUAAGAAAGACUUGAAGCGGCACAUAGCCACUCACACUGGAGAAAAGCCUUACAAAUGUGACGUGUGCAGCUAUGCAGCAGCAGAUAAACGCUAUCUGAGAGACCACAUGACUAAACACACCGGUGAGAAGCCUUUCCAAUGUGAGGAAUGCGACUACUUCGCAGCCACAAAAGGAAACCUGGCUGCUCACACCAUGGCGAGACAUUCAGGUGAGAAGCCGCACAAGUGUGAGGUUUGCGGUUACGCGGCGGCUUUGAAGGGUGGCUUGAGACAGCACAUGGCUAAACACGCUGUGGUGAAGCCUCACAAGUGUGACCUGUGUGACUACGCUGGAACGCUGAAGGCUCACCUGAAGACACAUGUGAGGAUCCGUCAUGCCAAGGACAAAAACGAGGCUGCGACGGGCUGA